UUCCUGUCAAAUAUUUUUCUAUGUUGAUAUCGCACCAGAGAAAAGGGAAACAACAAUUUUUCAAGUCAUUCUUCAAAGUUGUAAGAAAUCAGAAAUAAGAUUAAAAUAAAUUGUUAUUCUCCCGUAAUAUAUUCAUUUUGUAGAAAUGGCUCGCCGAUAUGAUACCAGAACAACAAUUUUUUCACCUGAAGGUCGACUUUAUCAAGUUGAAUAUGCUAUGGAAGCUAUAAGUCAUGCUGGUACAUGUCUAGGUAUUCUAGCAAAUGAUGGAAUACUGUUAGCGGCGGAAAGACGUAACACCAAUAAACUCCUAGAUGAGGUAUUCACUUCAGAAAAAAUCUAUCAACUGAAUGAUGACAUGGUCUGUAGUGUAGCUGGUAUCACUUCUGAUGCCAAUGUUUUGACCAAUGAAUUAAGGAUGAUAGGCCAGAGGUACCUAUUUCAGUAUGGAGAAUCGAUUCCAUGUGAACAACUGGUUUCUUGGUUAUGUGAUGUUAAACAGGCUUACACACAGUAUGGAGGAAAACGACCUUUUGGCGUAUCUAUUUUAUAUAUGGGUUGGGAUAAGCAUUAUGGCUAUCAACUAUAUCAGUCUGAUCCUAGUGGAAAUUACAGUGGAUGGAAAGCCACAUGCAUAGGAAAUAAUAGUGCAGCGGCAAUUUCAAGCUUGAAACAAGAAUAUAAGGAAGGUGAAAUGACCCUAGAGAGUGCCAAAGCCUUGGCAGUUAAAGUUUUGAGUAAAACCCUGGAUAUGACUAAACUUUCUUCAGAAAAAGUUGAAAUGGCCACAUUAACUAGAGUUGGAAACAAAACUAAAAUAUCAAUCUUGAAUAGCAAAGAAGUUGAAAGCCUCAUUGCUGAAUUUGAAAAAGAACAAGCUUUAGCUGAAGCUGCCAAGAAAGAACAGCAGAAACAGCCUGCAUAAAUGAUUGUUCUCUUCUAUUGUACACAAUUGUAAUAAGUAAAAUUUUUCUAAAUA